AUGGGAAAUGUUAUAAAUGAUUAUAUAUAUAUUUUUCAUAAUUCGACUUUAUAUAUAUUUUUAUAUAUAUUAAUACAAAUUCUUCUUUUUAUUUUAAAUACUAUUGGUAACAAUAAAUAUGUUCAAAACUUUUUUUUUAAACUUACAAAAAAAAUAAAAAAAUUUUACAAUUAUUAUAUGAAAUCAGCACAUUAUAAUGACAUUAGUAAAAAAAUUGAAAUAUCACAGAAAAAAAUUGAAAAAUAUAAUAAAAUUAUAGACGAAAAUAAGAAAAAAAACAAACAUUUGAAUGAAUAUGACUUAAUGAUACUAAACGGGAAAUAUACAAGAAAAGUUCUUAAAGAAGAAAAAAUUUUAAAUGAAUUGAUAAAAAUAAUAAAUAAUGAAAACAAAAAUAAUUAUUUUACUAAAAUAAGUGAUACAAUUCUUUUAUUUUUAUAUUCAAAAAAUAUAUUAAUUAGACAUAUAAAAACACAAAUAUAUGUAGUUAUAAUUUUUUUGAUUUUAAAUUAUUUUGUUAAUAACGAAUUAAGAGAAUCAUGCUUAAAAAUUCAUUCACAUUUAAAAUUUAAAAAUAAUUUUAAAAUAAUACCUUCAG